GGAAAUAGACUCCUGAAGAGUCUGAAUGAAGUUGUUUUUGUCGCUUCUUUGUUUUUUCUGAAGCAAAGUUUAUUUUAUUUUUUUAACCGCUCGGAGUUAUGCAAACGUGGAGUUUAGUGUCAAUUAGCGUCUUACUCGCUGUCGUGGUGAGAUGGGGCGUGUCGUUAAACUCAUAUUCAGGUGCAGGGAAACCUCCCAUGUUUGGUGACUAUGAAGCCCAAAGACACUGGCAAGAAGUGACCUACAACCUCCCUCUGCAGCAAUGGUACUUCAACACCUCUGACAAUGACUUGAACUACUGGGGUCUUGAUUACCCCCCUCUCACCGCCUACCACAGCUGGCUCUGUGCUUAUGUAGCAAAUAUUAUAAACCCUGAGUGGGUGGAGCUGCAUAGAUCCAGAGGCUAUGAAAGUCCUGCACACAAAUUAUUCAUGAGAACUACAGUCCUGGUGACCGAUGUGUUGAUAUACAUUCCUGCUGUUGUUUUCUACUGUUUAUAUCUGACUGGCGGCUCUGCUAAGAAAAGGGUUUCACUUCUUCUCAGCGUUCUUCUUUACCCGGGACUGAUUCUCAUCGACUAUGGCCAUUUCCAGUAUAACGGUGUGAGCCUGGGCUUUGCCCUGUGGGGGGUUCUGGCUCUGGGGCUCGGCUGGGACAUGUCGGGCUCCGUGGCCUUCUGCCUGGCUCUCAACUACAAACAGAUGGAGCUGUACCAUGCACUGCCCUUUUUCUGUUACCUUCUUGGAAAGUGUGCCAGAGCUGGGCUACUUGGGCGUGGGUUUAUCCUGUUGGUGAGAAUUGCUGUGGCAGUGUUGGUAACUUUUGCCCUCUGCUGGCUGCCCUUCCUACCCGACCCCAGCCAGGCCUCGCAGGUGGUCAGGAGGAUCUUUCCCGUGGCUCGUGGCCUGUUUGAGGAUAAGGUGGCCAACACAUGGUGCAGCCUGAACACCCUGAUAAAGAUCAGAUCCAUUCUGACAGCCGACUCUCAGCUUUACCUCAGUUUUGCUUUGACUCUCUUAGCCGCACUGCCAUCCUCUAUCAGACUGCUGAUGAAGCCCACCUUCUGGCACUUCAAACUGGCUUUGGUCAACUCAUCUCUGGCCUUUUUCCUUUUCUCCUAUCAAGUCCACGAGAAGUCCAUCCUAUUGGCUGCCCUCCCGGUCUGCCUCCUCCUGAACGACUUUCCAUUUAUGAGUGUUUGGUUCCUGCAGGCCUCAACGUUCAGCAUGCUUCCUCUUUUCCUGAAAGAUGGCCUGCUGGUGCCCUACGCUGUGACAUCAGUGGGGUAUCUCUUCCUUACCUUCUACUUAUUGUCCGCUCUGGAUGACUGCUCAGAGGCCGAGAUGAAUCUGGGAUGCUAUAGCAAGCUGUUUUUCUUCCUACCCAAAACUUACCUGGCCUGUAUGAUGAGAUGGAAGUUCUACCUCAGCAUUGCUCUUAUGGCUGUUUUGAGCAUCCUGAGUGUCGUCUUGGACCCACCGCCACAUCUACCGGACCUGUUUCCUGUGCUGGUGUCAACGACCGCCUUCCUGCACUUCCUGGGAGCCUUCCUACAUUUUAAUAUUGUCCAGUUCAGCGAGCCGGUCAGCAAGAAAAGCCAAAAGAAAAACAACUAAGCUAUUUUUUUUUUCUUUCUUUUUUACCCCAGGAGACUCAUCAUUAUACUGUUAGGCGUAUUGGCUCUGCACAUUUAUAUAGUACAUUAGGCUUUUAUGACAUUCUGUCAAACAGAUAAAUUAAAAGUAUCUGUAUUGAAGAAUGUUGUGAGAUCAAAUGAAAGGACAAAGUAUUGGUAGUUUUGCUGUAUGGACCAACGAUGCAUGUGAAAUAUUCUUUGGAUAAAUUGUUUUACUGUAAGGGAAACGGCAUCAUUUCUAUUUUGUAAUAAAAAUUUACACAGGCAGGUAUCCUGCAGCCUAGAUAUGCGACUUUCAAUGCCACAUCGAUAAGAACUUGUAAUAAUAAUUAUUGUUGAAAGCAUAAAAGGUGUUGAUUUAAUUGUGCUGUUACUGUUCAUUGUGUCUCUUGGGCUCUUUAAGGAUUGUGCUGAUUGCACAUUGACCUGUUUUGUAUUCCUGCAAACUUUUCUUUGUUUUCUACUGUGCAUUCCUGUGAUUCAUUAAAGUUAUUUUGAACAAA